AUGGAGCAGAUCUCAGCUAGUUGCAAGGAAGCAGCCUUAUCUCCUCUCACUCUCAGUGCAGUAUCACAGAACAAGAGGCAUUAUAUAGAUGAGGACUUUAACCUUGACCUGAUGUAGGUGACGAACCGUGUGAUUGCCAUGUCUUUCCCAGCCAGUGGCAGUCGCUCCCUUUAUCGUAACUCCAUUCAAGAGGUGGGAAAAUUCCUGGACAAGAUGCACUUUGGUCAUUACAGAGUCUAUAACCUCUGCUGUGAGUGCCAGCUGCUGCUGAUUAAAUGUCAUCAGUUUCUUAUUCUUAUGUAUAGGGAUUUAGUUGACUUCUGUGAAGAUGCGUUCACUUGGAUAGAAGCUAGCCAGAAGAAUGUCAUUGUGGUGCACUGCAAGGGAGGGAAAGGUCGCACCGGAACCAUGAUCUCUGCCUGGUUGGUGAGGUCUGGUCUCUUUGAAGAGGCGAGGGAUAGCCUGGAUUAUUUCACGUCCCGAGGGAAGAAGACACAAGGUGUGGACACACCCAGUCAGAGUCGCUACGUCCGUUAUUACCAGUAACUGAUAGCUGUCAUGAACAGAAACUUACCACCGCCAGUAGCAUUGAGAAUGACUAACUUGACACUGCAUGGGAUAUCAGGGCUUGGCAGAGGAGAUGGUUCAGACUGAAGUGUACCUUGAUGAGGAUAUCGUCUUUGAGUGCUCUCUAGACUCUCCCAAUGCAAACGUAACACGGAUUAAUUUCGACCAAAAUACAAGCAGUAUUGAAGUGGUUACGGUUCAAGUUUUGCACCACUAACCGUUCCAUUCCCACUGACAAUGAUAAGUGUCAUUUCUACUUUUGGUUUCAUACCACAUUCAUUGAAAAUAACAGGUUCUUUGGAGCAAGAGAAUUGGACAAUCUCCAUAAGUCCAAACUGCACAGUUACUACCCGGUCGGGCG